AUGGAUCACCAACAAUUUUUUUUUGAUAACACUAGAGGUCAUGUUAUCAGUGAGGCAAAUGAUAACAUCAAACAUUGGUACAACAUUCAGGAAAGUUUCUGGAAGACUAUGAGCAGAGAUCAAAGUAUUGAGCUUGGGGAUAGAAAUACCAAAUUCUUUCGUGAUUCUGCUAGGAAAAGGAUGAAAAGAAAUAAGAUUGAUGCCAUUCAAAAUGCCAAAGGUGAUUGGUUAUCUGACAACUCUGCUAUCACUGCCUGCUUCACAGAUCAGUUCAAAAACAUGAACACUGCUGAACCUACCAAUCUAAACCCUGAUAUCAUCAACCUCAUACCCACUACUACAACUCAAGCUGAGAAUGAACAUCUUCUAUCCAUUCCUGAUGCCUUGGAAAUCAAGACAAUGUUUUUUAAUAUGGAAGGUGAUAAAGCUCAUGGUCCUAACGGAUUCCCACCAAAUUUAUUUCAAGCCAAUUGGGACAUUAUUGGUAAUGAUCUACUAAGCAUGGUUCAAAACUUCUUCAACUCUGGUUUCAUUCUGUCUGAAAUGAACUCUACUUUCAUCUCUCUUAUACCCAAAACUGAAUCCCAGAUUAGUCCUGUCCACUUCAGACCUCUAUCCCUCUUGGAAAAUGGUGGCCAGCUUAUUCAUCAGCGCAUUUCUACUAGAGAAAUGGCAGUUCUAGUCAAUGGUUCUCCUGGAGAGUUCUUUAAACCCUCUAGAGGUCUCAGACAGGAAGAUCCUCUAUUUCCUUAUCUCUUUCUCUUAUGUAUGGAAUCCCUCUCUAGAAACUUAAUGCAAGCAGGGCAUGAUGGUUUUAUCCAUGGCAUUAGUAUUUGUAUUGAUGCUCCUUCUAGCAAUCAUCUUCUCUUUGCUGAUGACUUCUUAGUCUUAUGCAAAGCCAACAUGCAGGAAUGCACCAACUUAAUCAACAUCUUCAACUCCUUCAUUGCUUCUUCAGGCCAAAUGAUCAAUUUCUCCAAAUCUAGUAUUUUCUUUAGCAAAAACACCGAUCCUGCUAUUGCUAACAACAUUAGAAACUUCAUGCAAGUUCAAAAAAUUGAUUCUAAAGAUAAUUAUCUGGGUUCCCCUUUAUUCACCAAUAAGAGAAAAAUCCAAGCCUUCAAACCUUGUAUUGACAAGCUCAAAUUCAGACUAGCUGGAUGGAAAAGUGAAAAUCUAUCUCCUAUUCACAUAGUUACAAUGAUAUCCAGUGUAACCUCCACCUCUACCAUUUAUCAAAUGAAUUGUCCAAGAUUCCUAAGAACAUGUCAGGAGAUUAACAAACUUCAAAGAAAUUUUCUAUGGAAAAAAGAUCCUGAAAAACCUAAAGAUUUGUUAUACAUUAUUGUUUCCAUGUGUCUCCAAAGUGAUACUCUUGGAGCUGAUAAAGGCUAUAUAUUUCGUUAUGAAAGGACUAUGUAA